CUGGUAGGGAACUCUGGGUCUUUGAGACCAUGCAGGGGAGCAGCGGUCCUCCAGGUGGGCUGCCUCCACAACACGCAGUUAGAAAUGCAGUCGGCGAGCAGGGCGCUGCUGCAGUUCCAGAGGGACCUCAGUCUCACAGCAGCACUGUGGUGGGAGGAUGAGGGCGGACUAGAGACAUGGGACCGCACAUCUCCCGCACGCGACGCAGAACCUGAAACCCUAAUGCAGCUGCUGGACUUUCUAAUGCUACAGAGAAACCUUAAAACUCGGAGGCUUCAAGGAUGUUCUUCUCAGAUGGGACUCUCUCAGCCGUCACUUAUGCGCUCCUGUUGGGAAUAACGUGUCUGAGCGUCCUCUGCGACCUCACCAAGGGCUCCUCGGACUUUUCAGGCUACCUGUCCAAAGUGUUGAGGAACUAUACCGAGCAGGCCUGUGACGGAGACUUCCUGUCUGCUCGUUGCCCGCCCCGCACCACCAUCACCGUCCAAUCAGCUUUCUAUGGGAGGAGAGGCGCCUCUGACCCCCAUCAGUGCCCUCAGACCUACCAGGCACUCCUAAGUUCUUAUAACGCUCGGGAGGAUGACCGAUACUGUUCUGUGUCCACCGCACUACAGAAAAUGCUGGACGAGUGCCAAGACAGAAGGAGCUGUCAAGUCCUUGUCAACAGCCGUGUGUUUGGGACGGACCAGUGUCCUGGCAGCAGUAAAUACCUCAUUGUCUGGUACAAAUGCAGACCUAACGAGUACAAGAGUAAGGUGGUCUGUGAGGACGAGAGGAUGAGGCUAAGCUGCAAACGGGGUAUGCAGAUCGCUGUUUACUCUGCCAUGUUUGGUCGAACUCAACAGGGCACCCUGGAGUGUCCCCUGCACCACAGACGGGCCCCGUCAGUAGACUGCCAGUCGUCUGUGGCUCUGCAGGUUCUGACCGCCCGCUGCCAGGGAAAGAAAAGCUGUCUUGUUCGAGCCUCCACCAGAGACUUUGGAGACCCGUGUUACUCUGGCACCAGGAAGUACCUUAGUGUCAUCUACACCUGUGUCCCAAAGAAGUUGCUUCAGGAGCAGGGACCCAGACCGCCGGUGUACUCCCCUUCACCCAGCGCCCAUGUGGGAGACAGUCCUCCGGAGGGAAGCUCAGUCAAAAGCCCUGACGCUGUUCCUGAUAGGAAGAAGGUUAGGGAGACUAACCCCAACGAGGAGAAGUUUUCAGAAGGAGGAGGAGGAGGUGGAGGAGAAGGUCCCCUGCCACCCCCAGCCAUGAAUCCCAUCAUCAACUCCACCUCUAGCGCCAACAUGGCCCUCAUCAGCAACGCACUGGCAGCCUACAAUUACAUAUCAGACCACCCAGAGAGGGCGGCGCUCUUCUUCAUCUGUGGUGUGUGUCUUGGCCUCUUUCUCACGCUGUUCGCUCUGGUGGUCCAGAUCUCUUGUCGCACCGACUGCCAGCCCCGCCAGCGGCCUCCCGCCAAGAAACGAGCACGCCCCGCCGACUCGUCCUCAGAUUCCAGCGACUCGGACUCGGACUGGGAAACCACCUCGGAUCUGUCGGCGCGGCGGCACCGGCGAUUCGAACGCACGCUAAACAUGAAUGUGUUCACGUCAGCGGAAGAGCUGGAGAGAGCGCAGAGGCUCGAGGAGAGGGAGCGAAUCAUCCGAGAGAUCUGGAUGAACGGGCAACCUGACAUCCCCGGGACACGGAGCCUCAAUCGGUAUUACUAAGGACUGCUAAUGGGCUUUUUUUCUUUUCUUGACUUUCUUGACGCACUUGGGUUGGAAGGGGCAAGACGCAUGGCCCUCAUGAAGCUUUAUAAGCAAGUAUGAAAACUGUGGACUCGCACUGAUGAGAACAGUGGAAGUGAUUGCAGAAUGACCUCCCACUCUACUGGUUUGCAUACUCCUCUGGGUAUCAUAAGCUGUACCCCAUUCAGUAAGAGAAUAAGCUCACCACUCUGCAUGGUAAGCUCACCUCUUUCUGCCGGAAGCGAGGGGUGAAAGGCUACACUGCCUUGCCUGUGACCUUAGCAGGCCUUUUUGAAGUGGGGAUUUAGGGGUUAGCUGCCUUAGACACAUAGACCUGUAGAGACUUCAUGGUGACUGAAGGACCAAGGCCUCAGAUGCGUCUGCUUUCCUGCAAAAGACUGUGACACUUGGAGCUUUAUGCUCAGCACCCUCCAGUAUUCAUGUGUGGACUUUACAGAGGAGGAGCAUAAAGCAGAAAGAAGUGUCCAAUGGGACAAUGUAAGACAAUCUUUCCACAGUGAAUAACCAUGCUGCCUUUUUGAACUAUAUAAAACCAAAAUAUAUUUUUGGGGGGAAUUCAUCUCAACCCUUAUGAAAUCGAUUUUAUAAUAUUUAAUAGUUUAUUGAUGUUGUGUAUUUUUGUUCUCAAGUAUGGUUUAUUAAUUAGAUAUUUUUAUACUUGGCGAAGGUUGUCUGGCACCUCAGGGAUGCAAUCCUAGUGUUUCUGUGUUUGGUUGAUGUAAUUGCUUCCUAAGAAGGGGAUCAGCCCAUUUAAACAGCUUAUGUCAGCAUUUAAAGAAAAAAGAAAUAGAAAUAUUAUAUAAAGAGCCUCAAAGAGGUUUAGUGAUUUAUCCUUAUUUUUGAUACAGUAUGUUUAAUUCACAGUGCAGUGCCUUUUCUAGCUAUUAUGUCAUUGUUGUCAAGAGUGCAGCUAAUGUACAGUAUAACCCAAUAACUGGUCAAAUGAUUUAUUAAUUGGAUAUCCCAAUUUUUUCUUAUCAUAGGCUAUAUGUAUUCCCCUUUUUAUCAUAACUGCGGACCAUGUGUAAACUUUGUCUGUCACACGUUGCACUUGCUAGAUGUAAAUGUACGUAACCAGAAUAUGCCAAUUUUGUACCAGAGAGUUUUGCUAGAAAUACUUUGUGUACUUUUUUACUUUGUGUCAACAGCGCCCUUAUUUCAAAGAUACCAGUGCUAAACCAGAUGCUGAUGGUAAUCGCUGCUCGUCUGGAGAAGGAACCAGCACUGAAAAAAGGUUCACAGUGGACGUACAACCUGCGUCUCUUGAAUCAUGUUGCCAGUUUAAUAAAAUAAGCUAUCGUCAAUCCAGCUCAGUUUGCGCUGCCUUGGAUUCAUGCGUGGGAAUAAUUAUAGGUUUCAUAAAAAAGCUUGGUUUUUCAGAACUGAGAGUUUACUUGAGAGUACACGUGGCAUAGGGUCAUCCACAUAAAGACUGCCACUCUAUAUAGUUUUUUUUUCCAAUAAAGACCGUUCUUGUGUUUAAAUUUGUAAUGGGGUUAAAAUGUGCUGAUAGCUGGUAAAGUGAGAACAAAUUAUGACUCCUGUGCUUGGAAUAAACUGUGUUCAAAAUAA